AUGGCCCUCCGAAAUUAUUUAUAUGCUAAACACGAUCAUGAUACAUCAAUAGAUAUUAAAAUAAAUAAAGAUAACAGUCUAAUGUCCAAUAUAACAGAAAAAGUAUCUCCUUCAUCUCCUUCUCCUUCCGAUCCAUCCGAUUCACAGAAACAACAACGAUCACCAAUGCAAAUACAACAAUCAAGAAGAAGAAUAAUUCGAAUCGUUCAUAAAAAAUCAUCAAAUAAAUUAAAGUUAAAUCCCCUGGUUAAUUCUAUAGAAAAAUUAACUAAUAAUAUUGAAAAUGUUCAUAUUGAAAAAAAGAAAAAGGAAAAUUGUUUAAAUGAUUGUAAUUUAUGUGAUUGUAAAAAUGAAACCAAUGAUAAUGAAAAAGAUAAUCCAUUGAUUCAAGUUGAAGUUGAUAAUAGAGUUAAUAGUGGUGGUGUUGGUGAUGGUGGACAUAAUGAAAUUGUUAGUAACAAUGAAAUUGAUUUUACUUCUUCACUCUAA